CCUCGUGGCUCCUCCUCAGGCACCCGUUUUCUCCGCUUUCUUCCCACGCCAAACCCGCCCACGAGCCUUUCACGCCCCAAUCAGCAGCAAGGCCAGCUCUUCCGGGCUGGAGCGAGGGCUCUGCGGCCUCUUCUCGGAGCCUCGGUCCCUGCAGCCAUGGGCAGAGGCCGGAUCACGAGGCUGACAGUCAGCGACGUCCGGUUUCCCACUUCUCUAUCCCACCAUGGCUCCGACGCUAUGCAUCCUGACCCAGAUUAUUCAGCAGCUUAUGUUGUCAUAGAAACCGAUGCUCCUGAUGGACUGAAAGGUUAUGGAUUAACAUUUACACUGGGUAAAGGCACUGAAGUGGUUGUCUGUGCAGUCAACGCACUUUCCAUCCAUGUGGUUAAUAAAUACUUGAAUGAAAUCAUCGGUAAUUUUCGAGGAUUCUACAGACAACUCACCAGUGAUGGGCAACUCCGAUGGAUUGGUCCAGAGAAAGGGGCUGUGCAUUUGGCCACAGCUGCCAUUCUGAAUGCUAUCUGGGACUUGUGGGCUAAACAGGAAGGAAAGCCUCUUUGGAAGCUGCUGGUUGACAUGGAUCCUAAACAACUGUUAUCUUGCAUAGAUUUCAGAUACAUUACUGAUGCACUGACAGAGGAAGAAGCUUAUGGAAUACUUCAGAAUGGCCUGGUGGGGAAAAAAGAAAGAGAAGAACAAAUGCUAAAACAUGGCUACCCAGCUUAUACUACAUCAUGUGCCUGGCUUGGCUAUACAGACCAGCAACUAAAACAGCUGUGUACUGAAGCUCUGAAGGAUGGAUGGACCAGGUUCAAAGUGAAAGUUGGAGCAGAUCUCCAGGAUGACAUUCGGAGAUGUAAACUUGUUAGAGAAAUGAUUGGGCCUGAAAAUAUACUGAUGCUGGAUGCUAACCAACGGUGGGAAGUGGAAGAAGCCAUAGAGUGGGUUGCUAAACUAGCUGAAUUCAAACCGCUAUGGAUCGAGGAACCAACUUCCCCUGAUGAUAUUCUUGGGCAUGCAACCAUUUCUAAGGCUUUGGCCCCACUAGGAAUUGGUGUUGCAACAGGAGAACAAUGUCAUAACAGAGUGAUAUUUAAGCAGCUUCUCCAGGCAAAGGCCUUGAGCUUUGUCCAAGUGGAUAGCUGCAGGCUGGGAAGCAUCAAUGAAAACUUGUCUGUACUGCUGAUGGCCAAGAAGUUUCAAAUUCCUGUUUGUCCUCAUGCUGGAGGAGUUGGACUUUGCGAGUUAGUACAACACUUGAUAAUAUUUGACUACAUUUCAAUAUCUGGUAGCCUUAAGAACAGGAUGUGUGAAUACGUAGACCACCUACAUGAACAUUUCAAGAAUCCUGUUGUAAUCAUGAAUGCAUCCUAUUUACCACCCCAGGAAGCUGGAUAUUCCACUGAAAUGAAAGAAGAAUCGGUAAGGAAAUACCAGUUUCCACAAGGAGAAGUCUGGCAGAAGUUCCUUUCUGAACAUAAAAUACAGCUGAAAUAGACUUAACUGUGGCUGAAGAUUAAACGCCCCAGAGCUGUUUUUGUUGUUGUUGCUGAACCACAUGAAGAUUUCAGACUUCAGUGAAUGCUCUUAUGUAAACUGGACGAAUCUGUAUUUAGCUGUGAUGCAUUUGAGCAUUUUCUAGGAUGUGCACAUGUGCAAAAUGAGGUAAAAAUUCUUAAGUAGAAUCAGAAUAGUUGUUGCUGAACUACAUGAAGAUUUCAGAUUCAAAUGAGUGCACUUAUGUAAGCUGGAGGAAUCUUUCCAAAACCAAAAUAGAUCACAGUCCUAAAUUAUAGAAUUUUUGAUCAGUGCAAGAAUAGGAGCCUUUUAGUACUUAAGCCAAAAGAUGCAUGAUUCAUCUCUCCUGGAGCUAUUCCAGAAACUACAGGAUUAUAUAAUGAAGGAUCUCAUUUUUUUUCUGCCUGGUUUCUGUGUAUGAAAGUUUCAAAUAAACUAGCUGUAUAACCA